UUUCCUGGUUUACAGAUAUGAGAAAUAUUCCCGACAUAGUACCUGGAAUUGCAGAUUUAGGUUGCAUCCGAAUACCAAUAAAGUGCUCUUCAAUGAAAGGAAUGUUGAAGCAUUUAGCUACAUGUAUAUGGAUAGUGAUGAAUGCAAACAACGUCUUUCAGAUAUAUCAUGCAGUCUCAGCAAAAUGCUCGGUUUUUCUUGCGGCCUUUCGUGGACCAUAGCACCUGACAGUUUACAAAAUGUUAUGAAAACAUUAUCGGAAGAAUUAAAAAUUGUGCUUCCAUUUGAAAGUAAAUCACUGAAAGGCUUAACAAAUAUGUGGACUUUCUUCGAGGGAGAGGAAGCCAAAAGUCACCUAACAAAAAUAUCGGAAACGUUAUCAAAAAUUGUUGAUGCAAACGUGAGUCUGACUGCAUCAGUUGUAAUGGACCAGUUUACAAAGGCGGUGUAUGAAAGAAGUAAAGAUAACAUAUCAAGUUCAAUAGAUGCAAAGGUGCAGGGACAGAAACAACUAGGAAACAUUCAAGAAAAACCAGAGGAAUCGUUGCAAGAACACGCUGAAGAAAUGAAGUCGGAGAAAAAAAGCCCAAAGCCAAAGAGAAAAGAACAUGAUUCUAAAAGCAGGAAAAAGGGAGCAGUCGGAAAGCUAAAAGACUUCGUGUCCUCAACAUUUUCGUUUUUACAAUUUAAGUCUUACAGAAAUAAAGAUGAUGGAAGAACCACAUAUGAAGGCACAGCAGAUGGAAAUAAUGAUGAACGGGGAACUACAAAAAUGGACAUUUCACCAAGUUUUGAGUCUUUAAAAGAAUCAGGUCAAGUAAACAAAAUCAGUAGUACCAAAAUUAAGAAGACAACAUAUCAUGUACAUACGAAUACCGCUACCCUCAACUUUAAUCAAGAACACCAAGGAAAACGGAAUUUAGAAAUACAGAAUGUAUCUAAACCCAUAGAUGUAGAAGCUUGUUUAGAGAACGUAUCUGCAAACAAACCUUCCCCAUUACCACCCCAAAUGCAGAAGCUGAAGGUCCUGGAACUCGAAAUGUCUCAGCCUGACAGUGGAAUACACACAAUAGAUCAAACAUAUGAAAAAACACAGCAGUGAUAUGAUCCAUAAACAGCUUUGCGUAGAGUAUCAAGGAAAAUAUGUUAUGGACUUAAUAAUAAUUGUUGCGUAUAACUGCUGAAGAGACGUUGUUUUAUAAGAAAUAAUUGAAUUUAGCUGUCAUUGAGACUAGCCAACGGUGCAUUUAAUUACCGAAAAGUUUGCCAGUUAUUAAAAUUCACCCCUUGGUUGGAUGAAUACAGCUAUAAUUUCUAAAUUGUAUUUGUCUAUACUUCAAGAUAUCUACACAAGUUAAUAGGCAAUUCUUUUCACACACCAAUGAAACAUUUGAGAACUUUUCUACUGUUCCAUUCCGAAAAUUGUUCAGUUGUAUAAAAGACAUUGUGCUUGUUGAUUUUUGCUUCUACGAUACGAAUUCACAGGAUAAGACAUUGAGUCGUCAUCAGCAUUCACUUUCGUGUAAUUUGGAAUUCACAUUCAAGCUCGUUUACGAAACAAUAUAAAUAAAUGAGAACUAAGAUACUGAUAUUCCUACUUCACAACGGAUAUCUCGUAUAACUAGAAAUUUGUAUGUUUAUUGUUUCGUUUCUCAGUGUGAUAUAAACAUUUUCCAAUGAACUAUGUGUUCUUAAGAACGAGCUACUUCAAAAAGUUUAUUGAUGUAGGCUAAGUUAUUUGUCUUUAAUAAAAUUUAAGGUGCUACAUAUAUGAAAUAUUAGAAAUCAGUGAGUAGGACAUUAAUGAAACAUUGAUUCUAUUUUGGGCUGCAUUUGAUUUUGUAUACAAAUACGCAUACUUUACUGCUCAAAAUUGGCAAGAAUUGAAGUAAAACAAUUGAGUCCAGUUGUUCUGAAGCAUAAUUUACUUCAGUAACUGUAAUACAAAGGGAGACGAAUCAAUGAAAUAAACAAGGUAUUCACUUUAAAAUUA